CCUGAUAGAGGUUUAUAAGAUUAUGAGAGGCACAGAUAGAGUAGGCAGCCGGUAUCUUUCUCCCCCAGGGUUGAAAUGUCUAAUACCAGAGGGGAUGCAUUUAAGAUGCCCCAAUGAUCGCGAUGGAACGGUGGUCAUCGAGGAAAACGGUCAGUCAACUGUUGCUCGUUUCUCUUUUAACAUGUUCCGGUUUGUCGGUGACGUGGAUGAGAGCUAUAUUCACUGCCAAGUUCAACUCUGUGACUUCCAGAACUCGAACUGCCUGCCGUCGUGUCCCUCAACAAGAGCAGGAGGGGGCCAGAAGAAAGGAACUAUUCACACCACUGGCCCGUACAAGAAGCAAUCGGACUUAGCAGGGAACGCGGCUGGGAAUCUGAGGAAAACUGGACACGGUAUUGGUGUGGCAGUUCUCUCCUUCAUUGGAACUCUGGGAUGGAUGAUCUCCUAGUCAGCCAGCUUCUCAGCAUCACUAAGUUAGUCUACAAACGGUAACCAGGAAGAUGAUUUCUCAACGCCUGGACCGCAUGUAUCUGCAGUGUGGUGAAAUUCUGUAGCGCCCGUGCACACUCUGUACACCCCCCAGCUC